GCACAAAAUAAGGACACAAAUGAGGUGGUUGCUCUGAAACGUAUAAGGUUAGAUAACGAAGAAGAAGGGGUUCCAUGUACUGCCAUUCGUGAAAUAUCAUUACUUAAAGAAUUAAAACACGCAAACAUAGUAAGACUUUAUGAUGUCUUACAUACGGAGAAAAAGUUGACACUAGUAUUUGAAUAUUUGGAUUCGGAUUUAAAGAAAUUCUUAGAUACUUACGGGGGUGAUCUAGACGUAUUAACAAUUAAGCAAUUAAUGUAUCAACUUUUGAAAGGCAUCGCUUUCUGCCAUGAGCAUCGAGUCUUGCAUAGGGAUCUCAAGCCACAAAAUUUAUUAAUCAACAAGAAAUGCGAGUUGAAAUUGGCUGAUUUUGGUCUUGCACGCGCUUUUGGAAUUCCAGUACGAAGUUAUUCACAUGAGGUAGUAACGUUAUGGUAUCGUGCGCCUGACGUUUUGAUGGGAUCAAGGCAAUAUUCUACAUCUAUCGACGUAUGGUCGGCUGGAUGUAUAUUUGCAGAAAUGGCUUCUGUUCUAGGAACGCCAACAGAGGAAACAUGGCCAAAGGUCUCACAGUUGCCAGAUUACAAAAAUGAUUUUGCUAUUUAUACCCGGAUGCCAUUGGAGUCACUUCUUCCAAAGCUAGAUAAACAUGGCAUUGAUUUAUUAAGUAAAUUAAUAGAAUAUCAACCCGAGAAACGUAUAAGUGCUGAAGAUGCAUUGAAACACCCGUAUUUUGAAGAGAUUCGCAAAAAGGAAACGUUACAACAGUCCUCCGU